GCCGCGGCCGCCUCAUCCCGGGCGGGUCGGGCGGCGUGGAGGCAGCCGGGGGCGGUGCGGGGCCUCCGGGCCGGGCGGGCCUCCCGAGCUCCCGGACGCCGGGACUCGUGCGCUUCGCCCCCAGGCUUGCGAGACCGAGCCGAGCUUCCCCGCCGGGCCGCGGAAGGGCACCGACUUCACGGAGGUGACAGGAAGAACCAGGAACCUCAGACAGAGGAAGUACUGCAGGGACGUGGACCCCAAACCUCAGAAGCCCUACUUGAGGACUACAGGAAGCUCACUGGGCCUGAUGUAUGGGCAGCUGUGGUUGACAGCGUGACACAUAAGCCACCCUGGAAAGGCACAGGCUGCAUGCAGAGUGUGACUUGUGUGACCUGAGGACUGACGUGGCCUGCAUCUCUCCCAGGCAGUGAAAGCAUGAAAAACACCCACCCCCCAGGUUCUGCACCGGCCUUUGCAGGCAAGAAGAAUCACUGAAUGGCUGACUUUUGACAACAUGCACCACCAGUGGCUUCUGUUGGCCGCAUGCUUCUGGGUGAUUUUCAUGUUCAUGGUGGCCAGCAAAUUCAUCACGUUGACCUUUAAAGACCCUGACGCCUACAGCGCCAAACAGGAGUUCCUGUUCCUGACAGCCAUGCCGGACGCGGGGAGGUUGCCGGGAGAGAAGCACGUUCCCGAGGAACUGAAGCCGACUGGGAAAAUGCUUUCGGACAGCCGGCUUGUUCAGCCCCUGGUCUAUAUGGAGCGCCUGGAGCUCAUCCGAAACGUCUGCCGGGACGAGGCCCUGAAGAGCCUCUCGCACACAGCAGUGUCCAAGUUCGUCCUCGACCGAAUAUUCGUCUGCGACAAGCACAAGAUCCUUUUCUGCCAGACUCCCAAAGUGGGCAACACCCAGUGGAAGAAAGUGCUGAUGGUGUUAAAUGGGGCCUUUCCUUCCAUCGAAGAGAUCCCUGAAAACGUGGUUCACGACCAUGAGAAGAACGGCCUUCCCCGUCUCUCCUCCUUCAGUGAUGCAGAAAUUCAGAAGCGCUUGAAAACAUACUUCAAGUUUUUCAUCGUAAGAGAUCCCUUCGAAAGACUGAUUUCUGCGUUUAAGGAUAAGUUUGUUCACAACCCCCGCUUUGAACCUUGGUACAGGCAUGAGAUUGCCCCUGGCAUCAUCCGGAAGUACAGGAGGAACCGGACGGAGACCAGGGGCAUCCAGUUUGAAGAUUUUGUGCGGUACCUGGGCGAUCCAAACCAUAGAUGGCUGGACCUUCAAUUUGGGGACCACAUCAUCCACUGGGUGACGUACGUAGAACUGUGUGCACCCUGCGAGAUAACGUACAGUGUGAUCGGCCACCACGAGACGCUGGAGGACGACGCCCCAUACAUCUUAAAGGAGGCGGGCAUCGACCACCUGGUGUCGUACCCCACCAUCCCACCGGGCAUCACCAUGUAUAAUAAAACCAAGGUGGAGCUCUACUUUCUGGGCAUCAGCAAACGGGACAUCCGGCGCCUGUACGCUCGUUUCGAAGGGGACUUUAAGCUCUUUGGGUAUCAGAAGCCAGAGUUUUUGCUCAACUAAUGCAUUGGACUCAGAUAAUGCAGUGAAUUCAGAUAUCUUUGUUAGAGCAGAGGCUGAGCAGGUGGAGAUACGAGGACAGAAAGGACACUCCUUGGAGGUCUGCUGCAGUCUCCAGCGGGCCUGUGUGUGCCUCAGCUGGUGAAGCUGCACCCUGACCGUUACGGCUUAGUUUGAACAUCCGGUGCACUGAGGGCCUCGCCCACCACCCCUGCCAAUGCUGUUAUGCUCUCCUUGGAAGGGGAAAAGGACAAAACAUUUGCAGCCUGACAGACCGGGAGGAAAAAUUAUACAGCGUUAGGAGUCCCUUCCCUUAGCUGUUAAUGAGGCGGGCGCCCUUGCAGUUCCCCUGGAUGGUGGAGUGGUCCUGCCUGUCACCCGGGGAUUGCAGGAGUGGCACCCAGUCCUUUCAGGAGACAUGAGAAGCUAAUGGUUCACAGAAAUUGCAGGGGCUGAUACAGGACCACAUCUGGUAAUAAAAUUACACCUCCAGUUUUCAUCUUGGCGCUGCUGUAACCACAGAGGCAAACCAUUUUUUCCAUGACUAUCUUCCUAUGAAAUUCAGUGGUGAGCCACGGGCACUUUUUGGCAACCCACCUGUCCAGAAUACAUGCCUGUGCACCACUAGUCCCUAUUUGUGAACCUCUGCCUGCCAAGUGAUUGUAUCAUUCAGCCCAAGAGAUACAAUUUUGGAAAGUGAGGGGACUGUAGGUUCUUUCGACCCGAGAAGGGGAACAUGUUUGGGGGUUUUAGGAGAACGUGGCACGGUGAAAGGAAGAGCUGGAUGAGUUCUGGCGCUCGGCUGCUGUGCACUUGGGCAUGUCCGUCUUGAUUAUUGUCCCCCUCUCCUCUUCGUUCCACCUGGGUGGGCAACGGGGGCUUCUCUGCCUGUGUCCUCCAGGGCAACCCAGACAACAUGGCAGCAUUGCAGAGUCAGCGUAGUUUACACGUUUCAAUUUCUUUUCGUCUCAGCAAAGCGCUCACCACCGGACGGACCCCUUUCUGAUAAUGCGAUCGUCCCAGACUCUAAGUUGGAUAACGAGGUUCACCAGCAAUAAAACCCUGGACAGAGGCAGCCUCAAGUAGCGCAUCUCCCGUGCACCGAGGAGCAAGCCACGGCCACCAGAUGCCACCUGACCAUGAGGGCCCUUGAGAUACGGGACAGUUUCCCAACUGAAAAGAAGACCCAAGUGCCCAACUCUGUGCAGUGCCCACGAGCCCACCUUUUCUUCCAGGCAGCCUCAGCCUUCCCUUUCUGAAAAGGGCUGCCUGAGUUUGUAAAUGUGAAAGUAAAAUAAAAACAUGUGCCAAACCUGGCUUGUGCUCCAACUCCAGGGAAGGUUCUGUGUGGCCAUGCACGGUCCCCGAGGCCUGGUAGCAGUGAUGGGUGUGCAGGCCUGCGUGGAUGGCUGCUGGUGACAGGACCGUGGAGGGAGGCCAGGCCCAAGUGCGACCCACCGCAACCUUUAUUGGGGGUAGGGGGCGGGCGUCGACAGUGUGAUAGAGCCUCUCAUCCUCAAUUGACACACAGGAUGUAACGUGCGUUACUUU